CUACUCUGUGUUGGAGGGCGGCUGAGGAAGCGGGAAUUCCUACUUUCGCCAUAAAUUGUAUGCAAAUGAGUUCCUUCCCUGGCCCGGAGCCUGGAGUGACUGCGUCUAGCAUGAGCUAACCGGGUUCCGCUGGGAGGGGUGUUCCUUUAAUUCACCAACUGAAAAAGUGGGGAAGGAUGUCUGGAGGCGAGGCGUCCCAUUACAGAGCGAGGAGCUCGCUAUAUAAGCCAGUCAAAGCUGGCUGCUCUGGCCACCGCCUGCCUACUGUCACACGCGGACACACACGCCUCUGCCUCCGGGCUGCACAAAGACAGCGCGGCUGGGACCCCGAGACCGUGCACGUGGGAACCCGCCACUGCUCCCCGCCGGGUCCGCUGCAUGGAGCCUGUGGGCGCCUCGUCCUAGGUCUCUCCCACUAGGAAUAGGAAAACGUUCUUUCAAGAAGAUUGAAAACGACUGAUUUAGAUUCUAUCCUGCCCUGUGCUUCUAAUUUCCAAAUUAGUACAAGUGCAAGAAAUCCUAGAACCCUAGAAACACCUAGCCAAACCCACCUCCAUCAUGGGGGCCUUGACUCGCCUGUUGCCGGCAGUCUUCCUGGCAUUACUUGUCCUCCCUUCUGAAAGUGGGGUCCUCAAGAAAGUCAUCAGGCACAAGAGACAGAGUGGGGUGAACCUCACCCUGCCAGAGGAGAAUCAGCCAGUGGUGUUUAACCAUGUGUACAACAUCAAGCUGCCCAUGGGCUCACAGUGUUCUGUGGAUCUGGAAUCAGCCAGUGGGGAGAAAAACCUGGCCCCUCCAUCAGAGCCCAGCGAAAGCUUCCAGGAACACACAGUGGAUGGGGAAAAUCAAAUAGUCUUCACGCACCGCAUCAACAUCCCCCGCCGGGCCUGUGGCUGUGCUGCUGCUCCAGAUGUCAAAGAGCUUCUGAGCAGGCUGGAGGAGCUGGAGCUCAUUGUGUCCUCCCUGCGGGAGCAGUGCACCAUGGGAACAGGCUGCUGUCUCCAACCUGCUGAAGGCCGCCUGGACACCAGACCCUUCUGCAGUGGCCGAGGCAACUUCAGCACUGAAGGGUGUGGCUGUAUUUGUGAGCCGGGCUGGAAAGGCCCCAACUGCUCUGAGCCUGAGUGCCCAGGCAACUGUAACCUGCGUGGUCAGUGCCUCGAGGGACAGUGCAUCUGUGAUGAGGGCUUCACCGGGGAGGACUGCAGCCAGUUGGCCUGUCCCAGUGACUGCAAUGACCAGGGCAGAUGUGUACACGGGGUCUGCGUCUGCUUUGAAGGCUACGCGGGGGCUGACUGCAGCCAGGAAGUCUGUCCCGUGCCCUGCAGCGAGGAGCACGGCAGGUGUGUGGACGGCCGAUGCAUGUGCCGGGAAGGCUUUGCAGGCGAGGACUGCAACGAGCCCCUGUGUCUCAACAACUGCUACAACCGUGGGCGCUGCGUGGAGAACGAGUGUGUGUGUGAUGAGGGCUUCACAGGGGAGGACUGCGGUGAGCUCGUCUGCCCCAAUGACUGCUUUGACCGCGGCCGCUGCCUCAAUGGCACCUGCUACUGUGAAGAGGGCUUCACGGGUGAGGACUGUGGCACACUCACCUGCCCCAACAACUGCCACGGCCGGGGCCAGUGUGAGGAAGGCCAGUGCGUGUGUGAUGAAGGCUUUGCAGGUGCCGACUGCGGCGAGAAGAGAUGUCCUGCCGACUGUCACAACCGAGGACGCUGCGUUAGCGGGCAGUGCGAGUGUGACGACGGAUUCACGGGAGCUGGCUGUGGCGAGCUCAAGUGCCCCAGUGGAUGUCAUGGCCACGGCCGCUGUGUCAACGGCCAGUGUGUGUGCGACGAAGGCUACACAGGGGAGGACUGCAGCCGGCAACGUUGCCCCAGUGACUGUCACGGCCGGGGCCUCUGCAUAGAGGGCAGGUGUGUGUGUGAGCCAGGCUUCAAGGGCUACGACUGCAGUGACAUGAGCUGCCCCAACGACUGUCACCAGCACGGCCGCUGUGUGAAUGGCAUGUGUGUCUGUGAUGAUGACUACACAGGGGAAGACUGCCGGGACCGCCGCUGCCCCCGAGACUGCAGCCACCGGGGCCGCUGUGUGCAUGGCCAGUGCAUGUGUGAAGACGGCUUCACGGGCCCCGACUGUGCCGAGCUCUCUUGUCCCAACAACUGCCACGGCCAGGGCCGCUGUGUGAACGGGCAGUGUGUGUGCCACGAGGGCUUCGUGGGCAAAGACUGUGAAGAGCGAAGGUGUCCUCGUGAUUGCCACGGCCAGGGCCGCUGCGUGGAUGGCCAGUGUGUGUGCCACGAGGGCUUCACGGGCGUGGACUGUGGGCAGCGCUCCUGUCCCAGUGACUGCAGCAACCUAGGACAGUGCAUCUCGGGCCGCUGCAUCUGCAAUGAGGGCUACACCGGGGACGACUGUUCAGAGGUGUCCCCUCCCAAAGACCUCAUCGUGACAGAAGUGACAGAGGAGACCGUAAACCUGGCAUGGAACAAUGAGAUGCGAGUCACAGAGUACCUCAUCGUGUACACACCCACCCAUGCCAAUGGCCUGGAGAUGCAGUUCCGGGUGCCUGGGGACCAGACAUCCACCAUCAUCCGGGAGCUGGAGCCUGGUGUGGAGUACUUUAUCCGUGUAUUUGCCAUCCUGGAGAACAAGAGGAGCAUCCCUGUCAGUGCCAGGGUUGCCACCUACCUGCCUGCACCUGAAGGCCUAAAAUUCAAGUCCAUCAAGGAAACAUCUGUGGAAGUGGAGUGGGAUCCUUUAGACAUUGCUUUUGAAACAUGGGAGAUCAUCUUCCGGAAUAUGAAUAAAGAAGAUGAGGGAGAAAUUACCAAAAGCCUGAGGAGGCCAGAGACCUCUUACCAGCAAACGGGCCUGGCCCCUGGGCAGGAGUAUGAGAUAUCCCUGCACAUCGUGAAAAACAACACCAGGGGCCCUGGCCUGAAAAGGGUGACCACCACCCGCUUGGAUGCCCCCAGUCAGAUCGAGGUGAAAGAUGUCACAGACACCACAGCACUCGUCACCUGGUUCAAACCCCUGGCUGAGAUUGACGGCAUGGAGCUUUCCUAUGGUGCCAAAGAUGUGCCAGGUGACCGCACCACCAUCGACCUCACCCAUGAUGAGAACCAGUACUCCAUCGGGAACCUGAAGCCCGACACCCAGUACGAGGUGUCCCUCACCUCUCGCAGGGGUGACAUGUCCAGCAACCCAGCCAAAGAGACCUUCACAACAGGCCUGGAUGCGCCUAGGAGUCUCCAGCGGGUCUCCCAGACAGACAGCAGCAUCACCUUGGAAUGGAGAAAUGUCAAGGCAGACAUUGACAGUUACAGAAUCAAGUAUGCACCCAUCUCUGGAGGUGACCACGCCGAGGUCGAUGUUCCAAAGAGCCAACAAGCCACAACCAAAACCACACUCACAGGUCUGAGGCCAGGAACUGAGUAUGGGAUUGGAGUCUCUGCUGUGAAGGAGGACAAGGAGAGCGAUCCAGCAACCAUCAAUGCUGCAACAGAAAUUGAUGCACCCAAGGACCUUCAGGUUUCUGAAACCACAGACAACAGCCUGACCCUGCAGUGGAAGAUGCCAGCGGCCAAGUUUGACCGAUAUCGCCUCAACUACAGCCUCCCCACAGGCCAGUCAGUGGAGGACCAGCUUCCCAGAGAUGCCACCUCCUAUGUGCUACGAGGCCUGGAGCCCAGCCAGGAGUAUACUAUCCUCCUCACAGCUGAGAAAGGCAGGCACAGAAGCAGGCCUGCCCGCGUGAAGGCCGCCACCGAACAUGUCCCCGAACUGGAAAAUCUCAUCGUGACUGAGGUUGGCUGGGAUGGCCUCAAACUCAACUGGACCGCUGCUGACCAGCCCUAUGAGCACUUUGUCAUUCAGGUGCAGGAGGCCAACAAGGUGGAGGCCACUCACAACCUCACGGUGCCUGGCAGCCUCCGGGCUGUGGACCUUCCCGGUCUCAAGGCCGGCACCCACUAUACCAUCUCCAUCUAUGGGGUGAUAUGGGGCUAUAGAACACCGGUCCUCUCUACUGAGGCCUCCACAGGGAAAACUCCCAAUUUGGGAGAGAUCACGGUGGCCGAGGUGGGCUGGGAUGCCCUCAAACUCACCUGGACUGCUCCUGAAGGGGCCUACGAGCACUUUUUCAUUCAGGUGCAGGAGACUGACACAGUAACUGCAGUCCAGAACCUCACAGUCCCAGGAGGACUGAGGUCCGUGGACCUGCCAGGGCUCAAAGCAGCCACUCACUAUAGAGUCACCAUCCAUGGGGUCACUCAGGACUUCAGUACAACCCCUCUCUCUGCUGAAGUCUGGACAGAGGAGGUUCCAAGUCUGGGAAACCUCACAGUGACCGAAGUUAGCUGGGAUGCCUUCAAACUGGACUGGACCACACCAGAUGAAACCUAUGACCAGUUUGUCAUUGAGGUCCAAGAGGUUGACCAGGUGGAAGGGGCUCACAAUCUCACCAUUCCUGGCAGCCUACGCUCCGUGGAAAUCCCAGGCCUCAGGGCUGGCAUUGCUUACAGGAUCACCCUGCACGGCGAGGUCAGGGGCCGCAGCACUCAACCCCUUGCUGCGGAGGUCAUCACAGAGGAAUUCCCCCAGCUGGGAGACCUAGCUGUGUCUGAGGUUGGCUGGGAUGGCCUCAAACUCAACUGGACCGCUGCUGACCAGCCCUAUGAGCACUUUGUCAUUCAGGUGCAGGAGGCCAACAAGGUGGAGGCCACUCACAACCUCACGGUGCCUGGCAGCCUCCGGGCUGUGGACCUUCCAGGUCUCAAGGCCGGCACCCCCUAUACUAUCUCCAUCUAUGGGGUGGUCCGGGGCUAUAGAACGCCGGUGCUGUCUACUGAGGCCUCCACAGCCAAAGAACCUGCAACUGGAAACUUAAAUGUUUCUGACAUAACUCCUGAGAGCUUCAAUCUGUCCUGGACAGCUACUGAUGGGAUCUUCGAGACCUUUACCAUUGAAAUUAUUGAUUCCAAUAGGUUGCUGCAGAUGGAGGAAUAUAACAUAUCUGGUGCUGAACGAACUGCCCACAUCUCAGGGCUCCCCCCUAGUACUGAUUUCAUUAUCUACCUCUCUGGAAUUGCUCCCAGCAUCCGGACCAAAACCAUCAGUGCCACAGCCACCACAGAGGCCUUGCCCCUUCUGGAAAACCUAACCAUUUCCGACAUUAAUCCCUACGGGUUCACAGUUUCCUGGAUGGCAUCGGAGAAUGCCUUUGACAGCUUUCUAGUAACGGUGGUGGAUUCUGGGAAGCUGCUGGACCCCCAGGAAUUCACACUUUCAGGAACCCAGAGGAAGCUGGAGCUUAGAGGGCUCAUAACUGGCAUUGGCUAUGAGGUUAUGGUCUCUGGCUCCACCCAAGGGCACCAAACCAAGCCCUUGAGGGCUGAGAUUAUUACAGAAGCUGAACCAGAAGUUGACAACCUUCUGGUUUCAGAUGCCACCCCAGACAGUUUCCGUCUGUCCUGGACAGCUGAUGAAGGGAUGUUCGACAGUUUUGUUCUCAAAAUCAGAGAUACCAAAAAGCAGUCUGAACCACAGGAAUUAAUCCUCCCUUCCCCCGAACGUACCAGGGACAUAACAAAUCUCAGAGAGGCCACUGAAUACGAAAUUGAACUCUAUGGAAUACGCAAUGGAAGGCGAUCGCAGCCAGUCAGUGCCACAGCAACAACAGCCAUGGGCUCACCAAAGGAACUCGUUUUCUCAGACAUCACUGAGAAUGCAGCCACUGUCACCUGGAAGACACCCACUGCCAAGGUGGAGAGCUUCCGGAUUACCUAUGUGCCCAUGAGUGGAGGGAUGCCCUCUAUGGUGACAGUUGAUGGGACCAUGACAGAGGCCAGACUGCAGCAGCUCAUCCCUGGGGUAGAGUACCUUGUCAGCGUCAUUGCCAUGAAGGGCUUUGAGGAAAGCGAACCUGUGUCAGGGUCGCUCACCACAGCUCUGGAUGCCCCAUCCAGCCUGGUGACAGCCAACAUCACUGACUCUGAAGCCUUGGCCAUGUGGCAGCCAGCCAUAGCCACUGUGGACAGUUAUGUCAUCUCCUACACAGGGGAGAGAGUGCCAGAAAUUACACGCACAGUGUCUGGGAACACAGUGGAGUAUGCUCUGAGUGACCUUGAGCCUGCCACAGAAUAUACACUGAGAAUUUUUGCGGAGAAAGGACCCCUGAAGAGCUCUGCUAUCACUACCAGAUUCACAACAGACAUGGAUUCUCCAAGAGAUUUGACUGCUGCUGAGGUUCAAUCAGAAACUGCCCUCCUCACCUGGCGACCCCCCCGGGCAUCAGUCACUGGUUACCUCCUGGUUUACGAAUCCCUGGAUGGUACAGUCAAGGAAGUCAUCCUGGGUCCAGAUACCACCUCCUACAGCCUGGCAGACCUAAGUCCAUCCACCCACUACACAGCCAGGAUCCAGGCACUGAGAGGACCCCUGAGGAGCAAGUUGAUCCAAACUGUCUUCACCACAAUUGGGCUCCUGUAUCCAUUCCCCAAGGAUUGCUCCCAAGCAAUGCUGAAUGGAGACACUACCUCUGGCCUCUACACCAUUUACCUGAACAACGACAAGGCCCAGGCUCUGGAAGUCUUCUGUGACAUGACAGCUGACGGCGGCGGCUGGAUUGUGUUCCUGAGACGCAAAAACGGACAUGAGGACUUCUAUCGAAACUGGAAAGCCUAUGCUGCUGGAUUUGGGGACCGCAGAGAAGAAUUCUGGCUUGGGCUGGAUAACCUAAGCAAAAUCACAGCCCAGGGACAAUACGAGCUCCGUGUGGACCUGCAAGACCAUGGGGAGACAGCCUAUGCUGUUUAUGACAAGUUCAGCGUGGGAGACGCCAAGACUCGAUACAGGCUAAAGGUGGAAGGAUACAGCGGGACAGCAGGUGACUCCAUGGCCUACCACAAUGGCAGAUCUUUCUCUACCUAUGAUAAGGACACAGACUCAGCCAUCACCAACUGUGCCCUGUCCUAUAAAGGAGCUUUCUGGUAUAAGAACUGUCACCGUGUCAACUUGAUGGGGAGAUACGGAGACAACAACCACAGUCAGGGAGUUAACUGGUUCCACUGGAAGGGCCACGAAUACUCGAUACAGUUUGCAGAGAUGAAGCUAAGACCCAGCAACUUCAGAAAUCUAGAAAGCAGGCGCAAACGGGCAUAAACUCCAGGGACAAAUGGGUGAGAGAGCAGGAGGGCCCAGAGAAAGGAAAGGAUUUUACCAAAGCAUCAAUUUACCCAGUUCAGCCAUCUGGCCACACCUGGGCAUUGGGCAAGAACCAAGGCUGACCCCAGGCCAUGGGGUCACUGCAUCACCCGCUCUUCGGAUACUUUCUUCGCGCCAAAGACAGCAGGCUGCCACAGGCUUCCAUUUUGUUUGACCCAGCAAAAUCCUUCCAGUGACUACAGCACCAUAGUUUUUACUUCUCUUUGGGUGGCUCUGGGAGUGGGAGCAGAGAGGACUGUAGAGUGGUAGUUUUAGAACCAGCUGUAUUUUAAACAAAGCUAUAUAAUUAAUUGUCAUUAUUUUUGUUAGCAAGGAUAAAAUGUGUGUCAUUGGAAUUCGACCCCCCCCUUUUUUUUUUACAUUUCAUACAGACGAAAUCAGAAAAGCAAUUCUGUUUCCCUUUAAAGGAGAGGAUUAAUAUUAUUAAUAUAAUAAUGAUGAUAAUGGUGAUGAUGAUGAUGAUGAUGAUCAAAACUAAAGACUUUUAAAGAGCUGUUUCUUUCCCAAACACAUCUGAACAGUAUCUGACUGUAUUUUUUUUAAUAA